UAUCACAAAGAAAGUAAACAAAACGGUGGCGGUCUUUUUAAAAAGAUUUUGUUAGCAUUCUUGGAAACAAAUUUUUCGGAUUUGUUAAAUAUUAACCAAUGUUCAGGAAGAAAUGUAAAAACGAUUAGAAUAGUUGCAAGAAAUGUUCAGAGAGAGUACUAUGAUUUUUUAUUUAGCAAUGCACACACUCCAAAUUCUAAUCUGAAUUUCGCAAGACAAGUGGUCUAAUUCUUUACGAUAAUAUCUACAGGAAGGACAUUAGCGUAUUAAAACGUGCGCAAUUACAAAUUUACUUGGAAAUUGUAAUUAAAUAGCUAAUGAUAGGUUAUGUAACUCCAUCAUUUUUUGCCAAGAGGCAAGUUUACCGUCUACCACAACAGAUUCAUGCUGAAAAAGUAAUGGAUAUUUAUAAGGGAGCCAUUGAAUCCUUGAAUAAACUUCAAAGCAAUGUUCAGUAUAUUCAAAAUGCUAAAAUUAAAAACAACCAGGAAAAUAACAUGUCCGAAAUGAGCAAAUUUCUCGAAAGAUCUGGAGUAACUCUUGAAGUUCUUGACACCCUACCUAUUAUUCACGUUGCGGGCACCAACGGCAAAGGUACCACAUGCUCAUACUGCGAGAGUAUAUUGAAAAUUCAUGGUUUCAAAACCGGGUUUUACUCUUCUCCACACUUACUCGAGGUGCGUGAACGUAUAAGAAUUAAUGGAAGGCCAAUAUCUCAAGAAAAAUUUGCUCGCCAUUUCUGGAGAAUUUAUAACACACUCGAAUCCCAAAAGAGUACUCCUCACGAUAUGCCUCUCUACUUUCGGUUUUUAACAAUUAUGGCUUUUCAUGUGUUUUUAUCCGAAAAGGUGGAUGUGGCCAUUGUAGAAGUUGGAAUUGGAGGAGAAUUUGACUGCACCAACGUUAUCAGGAAAACUGUAGUGGGGGGUAUUACUCCUCUUGAUGUUGAUCAUACUACCUUGUUGGGAAACUCCAUUGAAUCAAUAGCUUGGAAUAAAGCUGGCAUUAUGAAACCAGGGGGUUAUGUGUUUACUGCGCCCCAGCCGGAAAGUGUGAUGAAAGUUUUAGAACAAAGGAGUAUAGAACGCCAGUGUACUCUCAAUGUGGUGAGGGACCUUUAUCCAAAUUCAGAAGAUGGUAGAAUUCCGCAGCACAUUAAAAGAGUAAAUGCUAGUUUGGCCCUCGCUCUAAGCAGGAAUUUUAUGAACAUAGUUUCAAGGAAUAAUAAUAAUAACAAUGUUGAGGACGUAUUUAACAUAGAGAAAGCCCGGAAGGCUAUAGAGUCCACUAGGUGGCCUGGUCGAUACGAGGUUAUAAAAAAAGGCAAAAUAAGGUAUUAUUUGGACGGCGCUCACACGACGCAAAGCGUUGAAGUAUGUGCCCAAUGGUUUGUGUCAAACGUCUCUAAAAGUAAUAGCAAUAAUCGUGUUUUAGUGUUUAAUGUAACGGGUGAACGCAAACCCGACGACUUAAUGAAGUUGCUGUUAAAAUGUGGGUUCGCAACAGCUCUGUUUAUACCAAAUGUAGGCGACGACAACGACAACGAUGACAACAAAGAUGAGAUCCUAACCGUAAAACGACAGCUAGAGAAAAGCGAAAUCAAUCGCAGUAUUUGGCUGGGUCUCGAUGGUAGUGCGGAUGCGAGAGCAUUUCCCUCGUUCGCAAAAGCUAUAGCCCAUCUAAAUAGUCAAAACAAAGAGUUCGACGUGUUGGUGACGGGGUCGAUUCAUUUGAUCGGGGCGGCAAUGUCACUCCUCGACCCCACUUUAGGGGGACUUUUGUAAAAUUGUAUUUGUCGAAAUAAAACCGGGAUUA